GUUGAGCCACCCCCCCGGCGUCGGAAUUCCUUUCCCUCUGGCGAUCCGGCGGCAGGGAUGAUGUCGGAGGUCGGGAUGGGUAGCGGCGGCCGUGUCGGGUUCCGACCGCUUUUGGACUGAGAAGCAGCAAGCAACAGCGGCUCGGCGACUCGAUAGGGAUCCGAUGAAGUUGGCGAGAGGCAAUGGCUGCACUCAGUCAACAGGAGUUCUUCCGUCAGUUAACCCAUGGCUGCAUCCUCCCUACUGCCCAGCAGGGCCUGGAGCAGGUCUGGCAACUUCUCAUCACCUGCCUGGCGUGCCGGGUCCUGUGGAGGUUAGGUCUGCCCCCCUGGCUGAAGCACCUGAGCACGGUAGCCGGGGGUUUUUACUGUCUUUACCACUUCUUCCAGCAGCAGAUGGUGUGGGUGGUGCUGCUCAGCCUGAUGUGCUACACCGUGCUCUUCCUCUGUCGCCACUCGCAGCAUAAAGGGGUCUUCCUGUCCGUCACCAUCCUCAUCUACCUGCUGCUCGGGGAGAUGCACAUGGUGGACACGAUCAGCUGGCACAAAAUGCGAGGGGCCCAGAUGAUUGUUGCCAUGAAGGCCAUCUCGCUGGGGUUCGACCUGGACAAGGGCACCGUGCCAGCGAUGCCGUCUCCGGUCGAGUUCAUGGGUUACAUCUACUUUGUGGGCACGGUGAUCUUCGGUCCCUGGAUCAACUUCAGCACCUACCUGCAGUCCGUGGAGGGUCGGAGUAUGAGCUACUCCUGGUUCAGCAAGGUGUUGCUCAGUCUGCUGAAGAGCCUGCUCUGCCUCGUGGUCUCCACCUGCGUGGCCCCCUACCUCUUCCCCUACUUCAUCCCGGUCUACGGGGACAAGCUCCUCAAACGGUGGCUGCGAGCCUACGAGAGUGCCGUCUCUUUCCACUUCAGCCACUACUUUGUGAGCUUCCUGUCGGAGAGCAGCAGCACCCUGGCGGGGGCCGGCUUCACCACCCACAAGGAGCAUCUCCAGUGGGACCUGGUGGUGUCGCGGCCCUGGAACAUCGAAUUGCCUCGCUCCAUGGUGGAGGUUGUGACGAGCUGGAAUAUACCCAUGUCCCGCUGGCUAAACACCUAUGUGUUUCAGAGUGCGCUGACUCUGGGAAGGUUCCCUGCCAUCUUGGUCACCUACAGUGCCAGUGCAUUGCUGCACGGCCUCAGUUUUCACCUUGGAGCCAUCCUCUUCUCGCUCGGAUUUAUCACCUAUGUUGAACACGUCCUGCGGGCCAAGCUAGCGACCAUCCUCAGUGCCUGCGUCCUGUCCCGGAGGUGUCCAGCGGCUUGUUCCCACCGCAAUAAGUCGAAUCUCAUGGUUUGGACCAUCAACCUCCUGUUCGGCUCCCUCAGCAUCUUCUACCUCACUUAUCUGGGAUCUUUCUUCGACAUUGACGUCGAGGAUGAGGUGGAGGAGGAGGGUUACGGGAUGUCCUUCACCAUCCAGAGGUGGCAGGAGCUGAACUGGAGCGGGCACUGGCUCACAUUUGGACUCUGGGUUUUCUACCGCCUCCUGGGCUGAGUUCCCCGACCCACCACACCCCCCCCCCGCCACCCGAGAUCCCCGACCCACCACACCCCCCUCCAGCCCGGAUGCAACCCGCCGCGGGGCCCGGAUACCCACGGGUUUCGGGGAUCAGGCGUUUUCCCUGUCUGCCGACGUCCUCCUCCUGCUCCCAGCCCAGCCAAUCCCACAGACAGUAUCAUGGUUCCUAACUGGAAUAUACCCCUCACCCCACUCUCCCCCUCCCCCUCUCUUCUCUUCCUCCUCUCUUCUCUUCCUCCUCUCUCCAUUUCCACCCUCUCUAUCUAUCUCAACCCCCUUCCUCCAUCUCCAACCUCUAUCUCUGGCCCCCCCCCACCACCACAACUCACCCACUCGUGCUCUUUCAAAGCACGAGACUGUGCCCUCUGGUCCUCGACCUCCCUGUGCUGCCCACGUCCACUUUAUCCAGCCCUGUCGGCCUCGACUGUACUCUCCAACAUAUCCUGCUCCUCCCUUAACUCCCCCCCCCACCCCUCCUGUUCCACCUUCAGAACGAUGACUGGCACCGUUCUGGAAGAGAGUUGCAAAGACUCGCCACCUUGCAAACAAAUUUAACCCCCCCCCCCCACAACCCCCAUCUGCCUGCAGUUCCAGAUCCGCACCAGAGAUCCAGCAGAUGCUGGAAAUCCAGAGCAACCUACACAGAAUGCUUGAGAAACACAUCAGCUCAGGCAGUGUCCACGGAGAGGAGUGACCACUCAUUUACGGACAGAGUCCUGAUCAAGGGUCUUGGAUCAAAAUGUUCAUUCCUGUCCGUACGUGCUGCCUGACCUGCUGAGUUCCUCCAGCACUCUUGUGUGUUACUCUAAAUCAGCACACCCCUCCACUAAAAAAGAGAAGCCUCCUCUGCUAUCCACUUAAUAACACUAAAUAAACUCAACUGAAUGCUCCCUCACCCACCUCAGCGAGAACGCCUUCCACUCUUCUGAAUUCCCCCUGUUCAUCCACGGACCCCCGCCUCCCAUCCCGGGAGUCUCUCUGCUCCAGUUAACCCCCUCCUCAACAAAAGCAGCACUGCCUUCCAUCGCCGAAGGGGGUUAACCCUUCGACAACCCACAGUCAUGCGCCCACCCUUCAGGGAAGGGCGCAGAACUGAAUGCCACUGUUGGGGAGGUUUAACCCAAUCUUGGAUAGAAAUGUCUCGUCUCCCCCCAGCACCGCAGUCCCAUUUGAUUCGGGGGGGGGGUGGUCUUGAUAGGGCCGGUCACCUCCUCAGUCGCCACCUCCCAAAGCAGCCCAGGACAAGCCACCUGGAGCCUUGAUCCUGAGGGAAGCGAGUUGAACCCUCAGCAGCAAUAGACGGGAUAUCUGAAUCCUGUUUGUUGAUUGAAUCCAGCAUUUAAAUGCCUGUGUCCUUCUAGGAACUCCUCCCUUCUGCAGAGGCUCUUGGGGAAUAGGCCAUUGGGCCCCUCAGCUCUGCUAGCCCUGACAUGCCAAAAUCAUGAUAGAUCAACAAUCAUGACUUCUCUCUUGAUUAUCAGACUUCAGAUGUACUGUAACUGGAAUUUCGGCAUGGUAUUCCAGAAAUUCCUCCGGGGGGGGGGUCCUUUCAUUCCCAAACUACCCAAGCAGUGGUAUGGGGUGGGGGACGGAGUUGCCCACCCCACAUCUCCAUCAGGGGAAUGAGGGCCCUCCCCGGCUAUCAAUGCCCCGUCAGCACCUCCUCGUCUCAUCCUCUCUCUAUUUGUCGUCAGCUCCACCUCCCCCCGGGCUCUUCCCUCUCCCACACGCCGGGGUUAACGUAAGGUGGCCGAUUAACCCACCGACCCCUCACGUGGUUGGGUCCGCAGGGAGGAAGUGCAACUCUGCGCACACGGGUGGCAGCCGGGAUAGAUUCCGGGCCUCCAGGGCCUCUUGGCAGAUUGACACCCCACCUUUCUAAAACUCCAGAGGGACUAUAACCUCUCCCCACAGGAGAAACCAAUCUCUGGCAAAGAGGCAGAAGGAGGCACCCAUUCCCAUCCUGCAAAAUCACAAGGGACCCUCCCCUCUACCAUCCUCCAACCUGCCCCACCACCAAACACCACUCCUGACUCCUGUCAGUGUCAGGAAACCUCGCCCUCUCCCAGGAGGUUUUUGUUACUCUCCCCCCGCCCCCCCACCUCCAUCAUUCUGCGUUGCCCUCGGUGUAUUUAUAUUCCAAUAUAUACAAACUGUUUGUAUACGU